AUGGCAGGAGUAACAGGAGUUAUAACAAGUGGUGGUUAUGAUGAAUUUUAUGAACCAAUUGAUGCUUUUGGCGCAGAUACAGCUAAAUACCAAUGCCCAGCUUGUGGUGGUAUGACUAAAGGCGUUAUGCAACAAAAGUACAGGGGUAUAUCAUUUUUUGCUAUUCCCUGUAAAAGAUAUAAAAUUGAUGAACCAAGAAUGUUUUGUGGUUGGUGUUUCUCAAACUUUAGUGGAAUGAGACAUGAUGACUGUAAAAGAUGCGGAGUAGUAAUGCUUUAUCAUAGUAAUUACUGUGUUAAUUGUGGUUACAAAAAACGAUCAAAUGAUAAGAUUAUACAUUUUGAGUCUUCAACAAUAGAUGAUGAUAAUUCGAAUGAUGAAAAUUCGUCAAUAGAACAAAAUCAAUAA